AUAUAACCAAGUAAAUACAAUCAAAGAACGAUGCAAGACUUACCACCAGUUGGAGGUUACGAGCCAAUUCAAUGGAAGAGAAACAUCCCAGCUAGAGGAUUCAGUGGGAACGUCUAUUUUUGGGGUAUCACUGCAUUUAUGGCAUUUGGAUUUUAUAGAUAUUACAAGGGGGUCGAUGAACAACGAGAAUUGUUGAGAGAAAAAGCAUACGCCAGAUUCAACUUAGAGCCAUUGUUGUUAGCUGAAGAAGACAGAAACCUCGCUAGAAGAUACUAUGCCGAAUUAGCCAGACAAAAGUUGGUUAGAGAAUCCAUGUCCCCAGAAACCAGAGCCAAGUUUGAUGAAGAAGUUUACCACGAUAAGUCCAAGUUCCGUUUCCCAAGAUUCACAUCUGGUAUCGAUGCAAAGGAUAUCUAGAGAGUUUCUGUUCAUUAGCAUUCAUUUCUAACGAGGUAUAACCAAGUAUUCAAAAGGAGGGUGACGAUUUUUAUGAAAAUUUUCAAGUUAUGUCUAAAGUGCCUUGUUUAUAAGACACUCUAGCUGUAUUUGCGACAUUAGUCUGAUUAUAUAACCUUUUGUAUAUUUCUGUACGAUUCAAAUAAUAUUUAUUAAGAUUAACCAGCCAUAAACAAU